AAAGUUGGUGGUACCAUCUCCUUUACCUUCCUUCUUCUUCAUUGCCUGCAAAGCAAAACGAUCAUGUCGACCAUUGCCUUAGAGCCACUCUUCCACCUUCCCCGCAGAGAAACUCCAAUUCACCGUUCCAAACCAAACAAAUUCAAACCCUUCUUUCUCACUUGCUCUUCUAACCCCACCUUCCGCCAACCCCAUCACACGCCUCUCUCUCCUGCACUUGCAGCUUCCGUUACAGAAACACCUAACCUCCACUCCCUUCAAUGCUCUCACACCUUCUUCACCAAGACUUUCCCAAUCAACCAAACCCAAACGGUGGAGGGAAAGAUUAUUGUGAUAAUAGAUCGCGAGAAGGAUUUGAAGGAUUGGGUGCUUCGGGUGGGUUGCAAUCUACCUGGAAAAUGGAUUCUUCAUUGGGGAGUUACCCAUGUUGAUGAUGUUGGAAGGGAAUGGGAUCAACCUCCUCGUGAUAUGAUACCCCCUGGAUCUGUUCCUAUAAAGGACUAUGCAAUACAGACACCCUUGAAGAAGUCAUCGUUAUCGGCUGAAGGAGAUACGUUUCAUGAAGUCAGGAUUGAUCUUAAGCCCAACAAUGAAAUUUCAGCAAUUAAUUUUGUUCUCAAGGAUGAGGAAACCGGAGCUUGGUAUCAUCACAAAGGAAGAGAUUUCAAGGUUCCUUUGGUCAACUACCUUAAGACGGAUACUAAUAUAACUGUAUCUAAAAGAGGCUUUAAUUUAUGGCCAGGGAAUUUGUGGCAGAUAUCUAACAUGCUCCUCAAGUCAAAAGCAGGUCAAGAUGACAGCAGUGAAUCCAGAGGUCCAAAACAAAAGAAUAGUCAACUAGAAGGUUUCUAUGCAGAAAUGCCAAUUACAAAGAAGGUUUCAAUCAAUAACUCUAUCAAUGUCUCUGUUAAGAAAUGCUUUGAGUCUGAGGCAGUUAAGAAUCUUUUAUAUUUUGAAACCGAUCUACCUGGAGAUGUCAUCCUUCACUGGGGAGUUUGCAGGGAUAAUUCAAGAAAGUGGGAAGUUCCACCUGCUCCUCAUCCACCUGAAACAGGAGCAUUUAAAGACAGAGCUUUGAGAACUCAAUUACAGCCAAGAGACAGUGUAAAAGGAUCUUCAGCACUAAUCACUAUAGGAGAAGAAUAUUCAGGAUUUCUUUUUGCUCUUAAGCAAAAUGAAACUACUUGGUUCAAGUACAUGGGAAGUGACUUUUAUAUCCCCCUUUCAAGUUCUAGUAGUUUACAUAGUGGAAAGAGAGAGGAUAAGUCAAAAGGGAGUGAAGUGACUGAAAUUGCAAGUCAAGAGACUUCUUUCUCUUCAUUUAACGGUGGAAUAAUCAAUGAAAUAAGGAAUUUGGUGAUGGACAUUUAUUCUAAGAAUAGUCCAAAGACAAUAUCCAAAAAAGCACAAGAAAGCAUUCUUCAAGAAAUUGAAAGACUGGCUGCCGAGGCCUUUAAUAUCUUCAGAAGCUCCAUUCCAACUUUCUCCGAGGCAACUACUGUGGCACCCGAGGCAACUACUGUAGAACCUGAGGCUGCUAUGGAAUCAGGGAUACUGACUCUGGAUCCAGAAAUACGCUCAGCGACUGGCACAGGAUACGAAAUACUAUGCCAAGGGUUUAACUGGGAAUCUCAUAAAUCUGGAAGAUGGUAUAUGGAGCUUAAAGAGAAAGCUUCAGAAUUAGCAUCACUUGGUUUCACUAUGGUUUGGUUACCACCACCUACAGAGUCUGUUUCACCUGAAGGAUACAUGCCAAAGGAUUUAUAUAAUUUAAAUUCCAGAUAUGGCAACAUUGAUGAACUGAAGGAUUUGGUGAAAAGUCUUCAUGAAGUUGGGAUCAAAGCCCUAGGAGAUGCUGUUUUAAAUCAUCGCUGUGCUCAUUAUCAGAAUCAAAAUGGUAUUUGGAACAUAUUUGGAGGCCGUCUCAACUGGGAUGAUCAUGCAGUUGUUGCUGAUGAUCCACAUUUUCAGGGUAGGGGCAACAAGAGUAGUGGAGAUAAUUUUCAUGCUGCUCCAAAUAUUGAUCAUUCACAGGAAUUUGUGAGAAAGGAUCUCAAAGAAUGGUUAUGCUGGUUGAGGAAAGAAAUUGGGUAUGAUGGAUGGAGGCUUGACUUUGUCAGAGGAUUUUGGGGUGGUUAUGUAAAGGAUUACCUGGAUGCAAGUGAACCUUACUUUACCGUGGGAGAGUACUGGGAUUCCCUCAGUUAUACAUAUGGUGUAAUGGAUUAUAAUCAAGAUGCUCAUAGGCAGAGAAUUAUUGACUGGAUCAGUGCCACUAAUGGUACUGCUGGUGCAUUUGAUGUUACGACAAAAGGGAUUCUUCACUCUGUAUUGGAAAGAUGUGAAUAUUGGCGAUUGUCAGAUCAAAAGGGAAAACCCCCUGGUGUUGUUGGCUGGUGGCCAUCUCGUGCUGUUACCUUUAUAGAGAAUCAUGAUACUGGUUCGACCCAGGGUCAUUGGAGAUUUCCCGGUGGAAAAGAAAUGCAAGGAUAUGCUUACAUUCUUACUCACCCAGGAACCCCAUCAGUGUUCUUUGACCACAUUUCCUCUCGCUACAAAACUGAAAUAGCCACUCUUAUAUCUCUGAGGAAGAGGAAUAAGAUCCACUGCAGUAGUACAAUUCAAAUUAGCAAGGCCGAAAGGGAUGUUUAUGCUGCCAUCAUCGAUGAAAAAAUUGCUAUGAAGAUCGGACCUGGACAUUUUGAACCACCUAGUGGUUCCCAAAAGUGGUCCUUAGCAAUUGAAGGAAGAGACUAUAAGAUUUGGGAAGCAUCAUAAGAUAAUUAUUACUCAUUAGUAUAUAUCUUGUACAUUUGUAGUCCCUUGUAAAUUCUCCCCCUUGCAAAUCUCCUUGCUACGCUAAAUGCAAGCUCAUCUGGAAUGAGUUGUAGCAUCCCUACUAUAUUUACAAAGCAUGCUAUUUUAAGAUAUGUAAAUGAUAGAAGGUGAAGGUUAUAUUUAUAAAUUUUUUGUUUACAAACUCUUAUAAAUUACAUUAUAUAUGAUCGGUAAUACACUCUUGAGUAGAGUAUUACCGGUCAGACAUAGUGUAAUUUGUUAGUUUGUAAAAAAAAAAAAUUGUAAACGAAUCUUUUCAUGUGAUAGAAUGUAUUCAUUAACCGGGA